GGGAACACAUGAAAGUGUGGCACAGGAACUUUGUCGCAGAAAGCGCGUUGAAUUUUGUUUGAUUACAUGCGUACACUAAGGCAUCACUGGUUUUGAAACGAAGAAGAAAUAAAGAAUUGAAAAGAAGAGAUCGGAAAACAUGGAGAAAGUUGCUCAAGUGAAGAAGGCUUCUGCACCUUCUGUAUCGCAAAUCAACGCUGAAUAUGUGACACAGUUGGCAAAUAAGUAUUGGGCUCCUCAUGUCAAAAAGAAACUGCCCUUUGAUCCAAAGGUUUUGGAAGAUGUGUAUCAGAAAGAAAUUCUGAAAUCUAAGUUUGCAAUUAGAAAAAUCAUGCUGCUGGAGUUUAGUCAGUAUCUGGAGAAUUACCUGUGGGUGAACUAUACCCCUGAGGUAUCCAGUCAUGCAUAUUUAAUGUCUAUCUGCUGUAUUGUUAAUGAAAAGUUCAGAGAAAAUGUACCAGCAUGGGAGGUUUUUAAGAAGCAGCCAGAACACUUUCCAUAUUUUUUCAAGUGUGUCUUGGAAGCAUCAUUAGCUGGGGAAGAAGGCGAUUUGUCAUUGCGACAACAGACUGUACUUCUGCUCUUUUUGGAUCACUGUUUCAACAGCCUGGAAGUAGACUUGAUCAGAGAACAGGUACAGCAGCUGAUCUCUCUUCCCAUGUGGGUUUGUCUGCUACCGUCACGACUUGAACACGAGAUGAAGAAAGCACCUAAACUGCAGAAAUUUUGGAAUCUGAUUAAGAAGAGUUAUGACAAAAUGGAUGAGAAACCCAAGGAGCAGGCUAAUAAAGAGAGAACAUUUCUGUCAUUACUUCUCAGAAAAUUCCUUGGAGUCCUGAUGUCCAUUCCUCCAUCAGGUCCUGUCUCCAUGGAAAAGGUGCAUUACUGUGAAAGGUUCAUAGAACUGAUGAUCGAUUUAGAGGCUUUGCUCCCCACUCGUCGCUGGUUUAAUACAGUUCUGGAUGAUUCCCAUCUUGUUGUCCACUGUUACCUGUCCAGUCUCUCUCGAAGAGAAAAGGAAGGGCAUCUUUUCUGUCAGCUUCUGGACAUGUUGAAGUUCUACACAGGCUUUGAAAUCAAUGACCAAACAGGGAACGCGUUAACAGAGAAUGAGAUGACAACUUUGCACUAUGACAAAAUCACAUCUCUGCAGCGGGCGGCCUUUGCUCACUUUCCAGAACUUCACGACUUUGCCUUAUCCAAUGUGGCAGCAGUGGACACUCGUGAAUCUCUCAUAAAACAAUUUGGCUAUCUGAGUCCCAACACACUCCACCGGGUGGCAUCCUACCUCUGUCUGUUGCCAGCACUCCCUGAAGGAGAGAACACAACCUAUGAAAAGGAAAUGCUCCUAGAGCUGCUGGUGUCCCGUCACGAACGAAGAAUCUCUCAGAUAGAGCAACUUAACCAGAUGCCUCUUUAUCCCACAGAGAGGAUCAUCUGGGACGAGAACAUUGUCCCCACAGAGUACUACUCUGGCGAAGGAUGUCUGGCUCUACCAAAACUGAACUUGCAGUUCCUCACUCUGCAUGAUUACCUUCUGAGGAACUUUAAUUUGUUCCGCUUGGAGUCCACUUAUGAGAUUAGACAAGACAUAGAGGAUGUGGUCAGUCGAAUGAAGCCAUGGCAAUCAGAAUAUGGAGGGGUUGUGUUUGGUGGCUGGGCGAGAAUGGCACAAACGAUCCUUGCGUUUUCCAUCGUUGAAGUGGCCAAACCUAAUAUUGGAGAGAACUGGCCGGCUAGAGUCCGUGCCGAUGUCACAAUCAAUCUGAACGUUCGGGAUCAGAUAAAGAAUGAAUGGGAAGGACUGCGUAAGCAUGAUGUUUGCUUCCUGGUCACCGUUCGACCAACCAAACCUUACGGGACCCGUUUUGACCGCCGUCAGCCUUUUGUGGAUCAGACAGGCCUGGUGUAUGUCCGGGGCUGUGAGAUCCAGGGCAUGCUGGAUGAGAAGGGAAGAGUCAUCGAAGAAGGUCCUGAGCCUAAACCUAAGCUGAAAGGAGAUACCAGAACAUUCAGGGUCUGGCUCGAUCCAAACCAGUAUCAGCAAGACAUGACAAACACGAUCCAAAAUGGGACAGAAGACGUCUAUGAAACCUUCAAUAUCAUCAUGAGGAGGAAGCCCAAAGAGAACAACUUCAAGGCAGUCCUAGAGACCAUCAGGAAUUUGAUGAACACAGACUGCGUGGUACCUGACUGGCUACAUGACAUCAUUCUGGGAUAUGGAGACCCAGGCAGUGCUCAUUACUCGAAAAUGCCCAAUCAGAUCGCCACACUGGACUUCAAUGAUACCUUUCUGUCCAUUGAUCACCUGCGGGCCUCCUUCCCAGGAUACACAAUCAAAGUCACUGAAGAGGAUCCAUCCCUUCAGAAACCCCCCUUCAGAAUUAAGUUCCCCGUCAGCUCUCCUAAAGGUAAGAAACGAAAGGCAGACGAGAAAGAGGAGAGGAAGGAGGAAGACUACCAUUUAGUUGUCGAACCCCAUGUCAUUCUAAACAGGGGGCCGUAUCCUUACAACCAGCCCAAACGUAAUAUGAUUCAAUUUACACCUACACAAAUUGAAGCCAUACGUGCAGGCAUGCAGCCAGGCUUAACUAUGGUUGUAGGACCUCCAGGCACAGGGAAAACAGAUGUGGCUGUGCAGAUCAUCUCCAAUCUCUAUCACAAUUUCCCAGAGCAGAGAACUCUCAUAGUAACACACUCAAAUCAGGCCCUGAACCAGCUGUUUGAGAAGAUCAUGGCUCUGGAUAUUGAUGAGAGGCACCUCCUCCGUCUGGGCCAUGGAGAGGAGGAGUUGGAGACAGAGAAGGAUUUCAGCAGGUAUGGGCGCGUGAACUAUGUCCUGGCUCGGAGACUGGAGCUGCUCAGGGAGGUCGCCCGGCUGCAGGAGAGUCUUGAGGUGCCAGGGGAUGUGUCUUACACAUGUGAAACUGCUGGCCACUUCUACUUGUAUCAGGUGAUGUCUCGUUGGGAAGAGUACCUCAGCAAAGUGAAAGUGAAGCCUGGAAAGCAGAUCGAUGUUCAGGAUAUCUCCAGACAUUUCCCAUUCCACAAGUAUUUCUCCAAUGCACCUCAACCUGUUUUCAAAGGAAAAACAUAUGAAGAAGACAUGGAUAUUGCAGAGGGCUGCUUCAGACACAUAAAGAAAAUAUUCACACAGCUCGAGGAGUUCCGAGCAUUUGAGCUUCUGCGCAGUGGUUUGGACAGGUCCAAAUACCUGCUGGUGAAAGAAGCAAAAAUCAUCGCCAUGACUUGUACACACGCAGCUCUCAAGCGACAUGACCUAGUUGAACUGGGAUUUAAGUAUGAUAACAUCUUGAUGGAAGAGGCUGCUCAAAUUCUGGAGAUUGAAACCUUCAUUCCACUCUUACUGCAGAACCCAGAGGAUGGGUUCAGUAGACUGAAGCGAUGGAUAAUGAUAGGAGACCACCACCAGCUGCCACCUGUCAUUAAAAACAUGGCUUUCCAGAAGUACUCCAACAUGGAGCAGUCCCUCUUCACGCGCUUUGUGCGCCUGGGUGUGCCGACAGUGGACCUUGAUGCCCAAGGAAGAGCGAGAGCGAGUCUGUGCAACCUUUACAACUGGCGGUACAAGCAGCUGGGGAACCUGCCCCAUGUGCAGCUGCUUCCUGAAUUCCAGUCAGCCAAUGCAGGCCUGGCUUUUGAUUUCCAGCUCAUCAAUGUGGUGGAUUUCAAUGGUGUAGGAGAGUCGGAACCCAAUCCUUAUUUCUACCAGAACCUGGCUGAGGCAGAGUAUGCAGUAGCUCUGUUUAUGUACAUGCGGUUGUUGGGAUACCCAGCUGAGAAAAUCAGCAUUCUGACCACCUACAAUGGGCAGAAACACCUCAUCCGGGAUGUGGUCAACCAGCGAUGUGGAAACAAUCCAUUCAUUGGACAUCCAAGUAAAGUGACAACAGUUGACAGAUUCCAGGGUCAGCAGAAUGAUUACAUCAUCCUCUCACUGGUCCGAACCAAAGCUGUGGGACAUCUUAGAGACGUACGGCGAUUGGUGGUGGCCAUGUCCAGAGCCAGACUGGGCUUGUACAUCUUUGCGCGUGUAUCCUUGUUCCAGAACUGCUUUGAGCUGACUCCUGCCUUUAACCAGCUUACAGCACGGCCUCUCCAGCUGCACAUAGUGCCCGAUGAGUACUACCCCACCAGCAGAUUGAAUGGGAGCCGACCUGUCCAUCCUGUGCAGGUUAUCAAAAACAUGCCUGAGAUGGCCAAUUUUGUGUAUAAUAUGUACAUGCACAUGAUCCAGCACACUCAUCAGUACCAACAGAACCAGCAGCAGCUAUUGCCUCCCCCGCGCCAAAUGGAAGAAGAGGCAGCCGCUGAGGCCCCCUCUGAGGCUCAGGAAGAGGAGACGGAGAUGGCCCAGGAGCCCAGGGCAGGAGAAGAACCUGAGGAGAAGCCGGAGGAGGUUGAGACGAAAGAGGAGGAGGAGCACAACAAAAUGCCGGAGCAUCCCGGCAGAGAUAGUGACAGUGAGGACAGCGGAGCGGAAGAGGCCCCGUAGAGCCUAUCCUUCCUCUGUUCCUCAGUUUGUGACCCCGCAGAAGAGCGGUCAACAGGACAAAUAAACCUGCUGUUAUAUCUGCCAGUGACUGGACAGAGUCGGUCUCACUGUGAGAACCACAAGACUUGUCACAGCUGAAUUUUGUUCAUAUUUCCAUGCAGCCCUGGUGACAGAAAAGCCACAAGCUGGUUGUCUCAGUUGUUUAAUUAAUUUUAAUGAACAGUUUAAUUUUUUCAUCUCUGUUUGCUUUUUUAAGUAAAAGGUGUAAAGA